CUGCAUCCCUUCUUAUCACAAGACAGCCCAUAAAUAGAAGCUCACAUCAGCCCACUCGUCUCUGUCUCUCUGUGGAUUUUAAUGCAAAUCUGCCAAAAUGGUUUCUCAGGGUAUUCAGCUCAUCGGUAUGUCGAUGGCUGUGAUCGGCUGGGUGAUGGUCAUCGCAGUGUGCGCCAUGCCCAUGUGGAAGGUCACUGCCUUCGUUGGAGCCAACAUCAUCACGGCUCAGACUAUCUGGCAGGGCAUGUGGAUGAACUGCGUGGUGCAGAGUACAGGCCAGAUGCAGUGCAAGAUGUAUGAUUCGAUGCUGGCUCUGCCCCAGGACCUGCAGGCUGCUCGCGCCAUGAUCAUCAUCUCCAUCCUGACUGGAAUCUUUGGAGUGAUUUUGUCAAUCGCUGGCGGGAAAUGCACUAACUGCAUCGAGGACGAGCGGUCCAAGGCGAAGGCUUGCAUCCUGUCUGGGGUUUUGUUCAUCGUCUCGGGGUUGCUCUGUCUCAUUCCGGUAUCCUGGUCUGCCAACACCAUCAUCAACAACUUCUACAACCCGCUUAUUAUCGAAGAGCAGAGACGAAGCCUCUUCACCAUGGGGAGGAUUGGAAAGGAAGUGGCAGGCCAAGUCAUAAGUUUCAUAGGUUUUGUUGGUGUGGCGGUGACCUGCGGAGUCCCCAUGUGGAGAGUGACCUCCUUCAUUGGAGCCAACAUCGUGACAGGCCAGAUAGUGUGGGACGGCCUGUGGAUGAACUGUGUAAUGCAGAGCACCGGACAGAUGCAGUGCAGGCUGAACGAGUCUGUUAUGAGAUUGUCCCCGGACCUGCAAGCUGCCCGAGCCCUGGUCAUCAUCUCCCUCAUCUUCGGCUUCAUCGGCUUCAUAGUGACCUUCAUUGGAGCCAAGUGCACCGGCUGUCUGAAGAAAGAUUCAUCAAAGGCCAAGGUGGUGAUCAUAGGAGGCUGUCUCAUCAUUCUUUCCGCCGUUCUGAUUCUGAUCCCCGUCUGCUGGUCUGCAACGGUCACCAUCACAGACUUCCAGAACCCCUUGACCAUUGAGACACAAAGGAGGGAAAUUGGAGCCUCCAUCUACAUUGGCUGGGCGUCUACUGCUUUUCUCCUGAUCGGUGGGAUCAUCCUCACCACGUCCUGCCCUCCUCAAAAACCCAUGUAUGGAUACCCAGGCUACCCACCAGCGCCAAUGUACCCGUAUGCAGGCCCAGUGGCAAACCCGGCAACGUAUGGUCCCGUGUACGUUCCUCCAUCCAGCCAACCAUACACAGGAACUGGGACGUACAUACCCAACAAACCAUAUGCAGCACCAACCACAUACUCUACAGGACAGUACCUCUAAAAAUUUAAAAAAAAGGACAAAAAGAGGAAAAUGACUGCCAGGAUGGCUUCAGGAUGCCAUUAGAAAACAGACUGUAGUUACAAAGGAUGGUAUGUAUCCCAAUACAUUAUUGGGAUUUAAAAUUAAUUCACUCAAAUCACUGUGACCUUUGAUUAUGUAUUCUGAAUCUUUCAUUAAAUGUCUUCUCUUUUUGGAUUGAUUUUGCGCUCUAAAGUUUGUAUAGUUUAUGAAGUCUUCACAUAAGAGGAAUGUUGUGUGAAUAUUUCUGCCUGAUUUUCAAAUAAAUCAGUGUCAAUAUAUUAUAUUACUAUAUUUACAGAUUUUGUAAAUAGUGACAAUUUGUGAUGUGUGUGAUAUCUGUAAAUGCCCUUAAUUUUUAAGAAUAUUCAGAAGAAUUUCAAUAAAGUGUUUGUAGCAUCUUCACUCA